UCGCCCUCUGGAAGAUCUGGAUAGUGAAGAUGUGGUUAUGAGUUUCUGGAAUCCCGUGGAUUUGUUUCGACAAAAUAUCCGACAAAAUAUCGUACAAUUGUUUAAUAUAGCUUCGUAUAAUGAAUCAUUAUUUGGAAAACUUUUAUCACAUUUUCGCAAAUACAAAAAACUUUUACCAAAAGAACUUCGAGAAAAUCUUAAAUUGUUUUACAUUAUUCCAAACAGCGUUCCUGAAUCAGAAAUUUUACCACCACGAAUUCUGCAUGCUUCCAAGAUUAUUAAUCCAAACCAAGCGGCAUUAAUUGCGAGUUGGAUAGAUCAUAAGGAUGGUUCAACAUACUAUCUUCCAAAAGAAAUUCCAUACUCCUUUAAAUUACUAUUAAGAGGAAGUCGAGAUGGAUUUUCUGUUGAAGAUUUUCGGAAAAGAUGUUUUAACCAGGGUGCAACAGUGAUCAUAAUUAAAACAAAAAUGCAAUCUACAGCAACACCAUCAACAUCAUCAUUUCAAAGACAAACAAGAACAGGACAAAUAAUUAUCGGUGGAUAUAAUCCAGAAAGUUGGCUAGGAACAAAUAAGUUUGUUUCAUCCACAGAAAGUUUUAUAUUUUCAUUAUGUAGUGAUACAAAAACACAAAUUGUAAGUAGAGCAACAACGUGUCGUGCAAUCUCUGAUGAUAAUGAUCUAAAUAUUGGAUUUGGAUGUGGGGAUUUAUCUAUUUUUAAAAAGAGUUGUCGAAAGAAUGACUAUAUGUAUGAGAUUUUGGAUAGAACUGAAUUUACUAUGAAUGAGAUUGAAGUUUUUCAAGUUGUAAAAAAGGAAGAUUAG